CUCCCCCUCCCCCUCCAUUUGGAGCAGCCCCCCUCAAUGCGGAAAUGUCCCCGCCGCGCAGACAGACAGGAACAACCGCCAGUCAGGAGCCGAGGCGGAUGCAGGGCCUAGCCAAUGAGACGCGCGGAGGUGGCAGGAGGCGGGGCGUCUGAGGCUGAGGGGACACCCCCCUCCCCCCCCACCGGGAGGUGGGCGCAAACAGGACCCUGGGAUCCGCUUGUAAAAGCAGCACCUGCUGCGGCGGGGCAAGGGGUGUUUCACCAGUAAAACUCCCCGGCUUCUACGGAUACUUUAGCAAGGGCGAGAACCUGAAGUACGAGUGGUUAUUUUUGCAGUCCAUAAAAAUGUUCCGGUUUACGAGGGAUUGAAGAUAGCUAAACAGCGGAUAGAGCCAGAACGCUCCACGGCUACUACCUGAGAGAGCCUUUCUCAGUAGAUACAAACUCUCCUCCCUACAUCUGGUCUGGGGAGGGUGAAGGUGCGUUCAGGAGUAAGCAGUGGGAAGUGUGGAGUCCACCAACAGAAGGAGGGAUUUAGGGUGUGGGAAAAAAGUGCCAGGUGAAGGCUCUGCCACCAGAACCAGCACGGCCAGUCCCUAUUCCUGUAGAGAGUUAUGCUGUGAUAGACAUUUACUUUAAUGACCAAAGUGGCAAUGGCUUGCUACCCCUCGAGAUGCUUACCUUUACUAUUCUUGAAGUCCACAAGGAAAGAGGAUGUUGCAAGAACCUUGGCAGUGGCGUGUGAACUGCGAGAGGGCCAGCCCAGCGCCCGCUAAAUCACACCUGAUAUUGCCAACACCUGUAAAACUCAGUGGGUGUAUCUCAGACUUCACUUUGUGACUCAGUCAAACUAUGUCAGGACAGAUGAAUUGUCAGCACUCUCUUAGAGGCCUGCAAUAAACCAAGUAAUUCUAGAAGAGUUUGAGGCUUUGGACAACCCUAAUCAACCAAGGACACGAGGACGGCAGCAGUGUUGGCACCAGGACCCUCAACACUUCUGAUGCCCUGAAAGUUGGACCCCUUGCACAUGUCAGCAGCUGCAACAAUGGUGGUGGUACCUUUGGUGGGCAGUGAUGACACGGCUUGGAGGACUGGCAGCAGCUAGCUGCUUGUAUCAGGGAGAGCACAGCCCUCUGAACUUCUGAGAAUUCUCUGAAGAAUUGAAGUGCACAUAGUCAUUGGCAGUGGAGUUUGUGUUAGCUGACUCACCUCUGUGCCUAGACAGACAACACCAAAAUACACACCGAACAACAGUAAGCACCAUCUGCAUAAAAUAUCAGAGAAAGAAAUGUUAAAUCAGCCCCCAAAUCCAGGUCCUCAUUCCCACUUUCGUGUCAAUGAAGAGAACAGAAAUAAGAUAAGCCAGAGAAAUAAGGACGGAGAUUUCUUCUGCCUUCAGAUGUCUUUCUGCUUGACUGAACUGCACCUGUGGUCUUUGAAGAAUACCUUACACAUUGGGGAUAGAGACAUAGGGAUCUACCAGUAUUAUGACAAGAAAGACCCAGCAGUAUCAGUGACAGAGCAUGGUGACUUAGAAGAAAAGCACAAGCUGGCAGAAUCACGAGAUUAUCCAUGGACACUCAAAAAUAGACGCCCAGAAAAACUUCGAGACUCACUCAAGGAGUUGGAGGAGCUGAUGCAAAGCAGUCACUGUGUGCUGAGCAAAUGGAAGAACAAAUAUGUCUGUCAGCUCCUCUUUGGUUCAGGUGUGCUGGUGUCCCUAAGCCUCUCUGGGCCUCAGCUGGAGAAAGUAGUGAUUGACAGAAGCCUGGUGGGGAAGCUCAUCUCAGACUCCAUCAGUGAUGCUCUUCUUACAGACAACUUUAUCAUCUUAUCAUUUUUGGCACAAAACAAACUAUGUUUUAUUCAGUUUACCAAGAAGAUGGGUUCUCCUGAUGUAAACAAAAGACUGGAAAAACUCUCAGCCUUGGAUUAUAAGAUUUCCUAUUCUGAGAUACCGGGCCCAGUAAACAGGACAGCAGACCGUCAUCUAGCCAUCAAUUGUGUUCAAGAUACAGUUGUUUGCUGGUGGCCGCUGGUCAGUGAUGAUGCCUGGCCUUGGGCCCCCAUUUCUCCUGAGAAGGACAGAGCCAAUCUGCUGCUCCUAGGUUAUGCUCAAGGAAGACUGGAGGUUCUGAGCUGUGUCCGCACAGAAUGGGAUCCGCUGGAUGUUCGCUUUGGCAAUAAACAGCCUUAUCAGGUGUUGACAGUGGAGCACUCCAUCAGUGUAGACAAAGAGCCCAUGGCUGACAGCUGCAUCUAUGAAUGUGUUCGGAAUAAAAUCCAGUGUGUGUCAAUAACCAGAAUACCACUAAGAUCGAAGGCCAUUAGCUGCUGCAGGAAUGUUACUGAAGACAAACUGAUUCUGGGCUGUGAAGAUUCUUCAGUAAUUCUUUAUGAAGCUCACCGUAGAGUAACUCUCUUAGCCCAGGCUAAACUUUUGCCUUCAUUAAUAAGCUGCCACCCAAGUGGCGCCAUUCUACUAGUUGGCAGCAACCAAGGGGAGCUGCAAAUUUUUGAUAUGGCUCUAUCCCCUAUUAACAUCCAGCUCUUGGCUGAAGACCGCUCACCCAGGGAGACUCUGCAGUUCAAUAAAUUCUUUGACAUUUCCAGCAGUCUUGUUCAAAUGCAGUGGAUAGCUCCUCAGGUGGUUUCUCAGAAGCCUAAAAGUGGGGACAUCUAUGAUCUCCUCUUCCUCAGGUUUGACAGAGGACCUUUGGGUGCACUUUUGUUUAAACUUGGUAUCUUCACACAAGGACAGCUGGGCCUGAUAGACAUCAUAUUCCAAUACAUUCACUGUGAUGAGAUAUAUGAGGCGAUAAAUAUCCUGAGCAGUAUGAACUGGGACACUCUGGGCCACCAGUGCUUUAUCAGCAUGAGUGCCAUUGUAAACCAUCUUCUUAGACAAAAGCUCACUCCAGAGAGAGAAGCACAGCUUGAGGCAAGCCUUGGAACCUUCUAUGCUCCAACAAGACCACUUCUGGAUACAACUAUAUUGGAAUACAGAGAUGAAAUCAGCAAAUAUGCAAGAAGAUUCUUCCAUCACUUGCUCAGGUACCAGAGAUUUGAAAAGGCAUUUCUGUUAGCUGUUGACAUUGGUGCUCGUGACCUGUUUAUGGACAUCCAUUACUUUGCACUAGAUAAGGGUGAAUUGGCACUGGCUGAAGUGGCAAGAAAAAGAGCUAGUGACAUUGAUGCAGAAUCAAUAACCUCUGGAGUUGAACUCCUGGGGCCUUUGGACAGAGGAGAUACGCUAAAUGAAGCUUUUGUUGGCCUAUCUUUAGCUCCUCAAGGAGAAGACACAUUUCCAGAUGACCUCCCUCCCUUUUGUUCAGUCCAUAAACAUAUUCAACAAAGAACACGGAAUGUCUCUUCUAACAGAGAGAGACAGAGCAUGAACAGGGGAGGAGCAGAGAGAGAGGAAGACACAGAAUCUGAAACAUGCUCCAGGCUCUGAGCUGUCAGCACAGAGCCCGACAUGGGGUUCGAACUCACGGACCGUGAGAUCAUGACCUGAGCCCAAGUCGGACGAUCAACCGACCAAGCCACCCAGGCGCCCCUGAAUUUUGAUCUUUUCGUGAGUUAGUGAUACGUGGUACUGUGUGUGAUGCUGGGCAGUGGCAGCCAGCCACAGCUCCCAGUUAGCCACAUGAUUAAGAGGGUAAUCAAUUGACACAUUUAUCACCAUUUUGUACCCAUACAGCCAUUAUUCAGUAUUCAACAAAUUACAUGAGAUAUUCAACACUUUAUUAUAAAAUAGGCUUUGUGUUAGAUCAUCUUGCCCAACUGUAGGCUAAUAUAAGUAUUCUGAACAUGUUUAAGGUAGGCUAGGCUAAGCUAUGAUAUUUGGUAGGUUAGGUGUAUUAAAUCCAACAUCCACUUAAGGUAUUUUCAACUUACAAUGGGUUUAUCAGGAUGUAACCCCAUCAAAAGUUGAGGAAGAUCUGUAUAAAGUUCCCCAUCAACCUUUCUCCUAAUGUUUUGGAAUUUACUCAUGAAAGCUGCCCAGAUGACUGUUUAAUUAGGAGUAGUGAAAUGGUGAUUUUUUUUUUAACACUGGCAUUCCUUCUGCAGUUAUAAGCUGGAAUUCUUCUAUACAGGGAAAAAAAAAAAAGAUUCCUUACUAGUUAUUUGAUUACCCUGAAAGGCUAAGUAAAUGCUUGAUAAUUCCCUAUAUUUACCAGUUUCCAGAGCCAUAGUAAAUUAAGCCAUCAACCUGCAAUGGGGACCACUAAUUUGGCAAGGGUGGGAGGGGGGAAAGGUCAAGUGCAUUUUUAAAUGGUGUUUAAUGUGUUAGAGUCCAUUGUGGUUGUGAAAAGUUCAGAAAUAACAGUAAAACCAAUGAAUCACCAAAGUAGUAAAUAGUAAGUUUACUGUGCACACACCAGAAACAAAGUUUCAAACCAAAGGCAGUAAAACCAAAACAUCAGGGGUAUAUUAUUAUAGAGCAGCUUAUAUAGUAAGAAAGCGGUGACACUUUAUUCUUCACAGUGAUUAGUUAUAAUAUUAAAAUUUUCUUAAAUGCUAGGAAAUUGGUGAGUGGUUACUUUACGCCAACCCUGGGAAACAGUUCAAGUUUUAGGAUCUCCACAGGCAAAAGCAAGAAAUGACCCAGGUCAAGUUAGUCUUAUAAAAUAAGCUAAAUUAAGCUUUUUUGAUAUGGUGAGACUGAUUUUGUCUGUUGAGGGAAUUUUCUUUUUUUUUUUUUUAAUGUUUAUUUAUUUUUAAGAGAGAGAGAGAGGAAGAGGGAGAGAGAGAGGGAGAGGGGAGAGAAUGAGCAGGGGAGAGGCAGAGAGAGAGGAAGAAACAGAAUCCAAAGCAGGCUCCAUGCACUGAGCUGUCAAGCCCAGAGCUCGACAUAGGACUCGAACUCACGAACCGUGAGAUCAUGACCUGAGCCAAAGUCAGACACUUAAACGACUGAGCCACCCAAGGGCCCCUCUUUUUUUUUUUUUAAUGUUUAUUUAUUUUUGGGGAGAGGGAAAGAGCGUGAGCUGGGGAUGGGCAGAGAGAGGUAGACACAGAACCUGAAGCAGGGUCCAAGAUCUGAGCUAUCAGCACAGAGCCCUACAUGGGGCUCAGACUCACAAACCGUGAGAUCAUGACCUAAGCUGAAGUCAGAUGCUCAAUAGACUGAGCCACCCAGGCAUCCCAAUUGAGAGAAUUUUCAAGACUGGUCUCCAUUUGUUUUGUAUUUUAAUAUGGUAAAUAUUCUUUUUGAUGGUCAGGUUUUAUGCAUCCAAUUAAGUUUUUCAGAAAGUAAUCUUGGCAACUGUAUCAAAAGCUUUUAAAUAUCAUGACUUAAAAUUUCAUUUUUUGUUAUAUAUAUGUGUGUGUCCAUCACACUGCUGGCAUAAAAUGAAUAAUCUUAAAUGCCUAUUUGGAAAAUUACUGAGUAAAUUACAGUAUAUCCAAAUAUUAGAAUACUAUGUAAGCCAUUAAAAAUCAUAAUUAUCAGAUUCUGGUCCCAGAUGGAGUGAGCAUACUAUUCCUGGUCUCUCCCACUGAAUGCAACUAAAAAUCCUAGAAAGAAUAUACAGAUUAGCUAUUUGAAGACUCUGGAAAGUAAAUAGUGGCAGACAGCUUGAGGAGGAAGACCAGAAUCUGAACUACCUCAACCAAUGGUAAGUUUACCAGUAUUUUUUCCUUCAUUUUGCCACCACUUGGGCCUGGAGGCAGUAACAGUCAAGGAAGUCGGUGGCAGCAUGUAGUUACUGAUGCCACUGCUUCAUAGAGGAGAAAAGUACCAACAGAGAUUACAGAUAGGAAGGACCUCAAGAAAGUGACC